AUGGCGACCACUACCUUCCCUGCUCCCCUCCUCGCCGGUGGCCACACCGCCAUCAACUACUCCUCGCACCCCUACCUCGUUGAGAAGAUCGUGUCGUACUGCGACCGCGACACCCUCCUCGCGUGGCGUCGCGCGUCGCGCACCUUCCUCGACCAGGUCGACCGCCAGCUCUACACCCACCUCACCAUUAUGAAGGUUGAGCAGGCCUCGCCACAUGCAGCCAUCUCGAUCUUCGAGUACCAGGACGACGAGUGCCGCCGCCUUCCAAUCCUCGACAACACCGUUGCCCUCGUCGACACCAACAAUGAGGAUGUGAAGAACAACACGGUCCGCCUCCCGCCUGACAACCGCCAUGAAGCCCAGCUCUUCGCCGCUCUCGACCAUGCCCGCGUGGUCGACUACCACAGCAAGUGGAAGGACGUUGGCACGCUUGCCGCCAGCUUCCGCAAGCUCGAGGCCGUUCGCAUUCACCAUAUCCAGACGGAUUGCCCGGGGGCCACGCCCGGGUCAGGGUUCCCCUUCUGCGCCUUCCGCGCCUCAACCGUGAUCGUCUUUGGGUCGCUGGUCCUCCCGCUUCCUGCUUGUUUCAUCCCUGGUUACCAUAAACCGAAGCAACCUGGCAAGAUUGUCCUCCACCCCGGGCCGUACAGCUUUCAAAUCUGCGUUGGCGGCCACGACAUGAAGAACCUGUACCUUUGGGACCACCCGACCGACCUCGUUAUUAUCGUGAGCUCGUUCUGCACCUCUUACAAAGGGGACGAUUGGAUGCCAGGCUGGGGGUGCUUCCUCAACACUCUGUUCGGCACCCUGCUCGCCGCCCUGUACGGCCCUCACCACCCCAAGAAGAUUGUGCUUGUCGACUUCCUCCUCGCGCUGCAACUGCGUCAUGCUCGCGAGUUUGGCAUUUGUAUCAACACCGUCGAACGCCUGGGUUUCAAGAUCCUCAACCCCAAGUAUUGGUUCGCGAGCUACUGGGCGGUGCAGGACGACGCACACGUCUCCCACACCCACGCAUGCUCGAGUGACAAGAAUGAGAACGAUUGGGCGGGUAUGGGGUCCGAUGGCAAGAACACGGUCAUCAGUUGCGAAAACUUCCAGGACACAGACAUGGGGCACGCUGGCCCUUCAAACGAGUUCGAUUCGAUUACUCUGGAGGACGAGGACGACGGCUCCGAGCCCGGCAAGGCCAUCCGCUCGGCCCUCCGCUCGCUUGCGGUUGUGUGCAAGCGGUCCAAGAACAUCGAAUUCGCAACCCGCAACCAGUACAAAGCUACCCUCACCGAGGAGGAGGCUGCGACCGAGUUUGAUCCCAACCCCGAGCUCAUCAAGAUGGGUUGUUGUUGA